UCACUGCCCUCUGCCGUUUCUCGUCCAAACAUCCUUCUCCAAAUUCAGCCUUCUUCUCAACUUUACUCUCCCGUCACUCGUCGAGUUCGAUGGCUGCCUCCGCUGCCUCCGUCGGAGUCAUCAACCAUGCACCCCUAAGCUUGAAUGGCUCUAGCUCGGCGACUUCAGUUCCGAGCUCAGUGUUCUUCGGAAGCAGCUUGAAGAAAGUGGUGAAUUCGAGAAUUGCCAGCCCAAAGGCCUCGCCAGGCAGCUUCAAGGUGGUGGCAUCGGACGCCCCCGCCGACGAAGAUCUCGACAAGCAGACAUCGAAAGACAGGUGGAGAGGGCUUGCCUAUGACAUAUCCGAUGACCAACAAGAUAUCACAAGAGGAAAGGGAAUGGUUGACACCCUUUUCCAAGCUCCCAUGCAAAGUGGAACCCAUAAUGCUAUUAUGAGCUCUUACGAGUAUCUUAGUACUGGACUUAAAACAUACGAGGGAUUGGACAAUUUAUUGGAUGGCUUCUACAUUGCUCCCGCUUUCAUGGACAAGUUGGUCGUGCACAUCACCAAGAACUUUAUGUCCCUUCCCAACAUCAAGGUUCCUCUCAUUUUGGGUAUUUGGGGAGGCAAAGGACAAGGAAAAUCCUUCCAAUGUGAGCUUGUUUUUGCCAAGAUGGGUAUCACCCCAAUCAUGAUGAGUGCCGGAGAAUUGGAAAGUGGCAACGCCGGAGAGCCGGCGAAGUUGAUCCGUCAAAGGUACCGUGAGGCGGCUGACAUUAUCAAGAAAGGAAAAAUGUCCUGUCUCUUCAUCAACGAUCUCGACGCCGGUGCUGGUCGUCUUGGUGGCACCACGCAGUACACCGUCAACAACCAGAUGGUUAACGCUACCCUCAUGAACAUCGCUGAUAACCCAACAAACGUCCAGCUUCCUGGUAUGUACAACAAGGAGGACAACCCUCGUGUUCCGAUCAUCGUCACUGGUAAUGAUUUCUCAACCCUUUAUGCUCCCCUCAUCCGUGAUGGUCGUAUGGAGAAAUUCUACUGGGCUCCCACUAGGGAGGAUCGUAUUGGUGUUUGCAAAGGUAUCUUUAGGACAGACAAUGUCCCUGAUGAGGACGUCGUCAAGCUGGUCGACACUUUCCCCGGCCAAUCUAUUGACUUCUUCGGUGCACUGAGGGCAAGAGUAUACGACGACGAAGUAAGGAAGUGGAUCAUCGGAGUUGGAGUCGACACGGUGGGGAAGAAGUUGGUGAACUCGAAAGACCCACCACCGAAGUUCGAGCAGCCAAAGAUGACAGUGGAGAAGCUGUUGGAGUAUGGUAACAUGCUGGUGCAAGAGCAAGAGAAUGUGAAGAGGGUGCAAUUGGCUGACAAGUACUUGAAUGAAGCUGCUCUUGGCAAUGCCAAUGAAGAUGCCAUUAACAGAGGAGCUUUUUAAGAAACCCCUUCUCAUCUGAACUCAUACAGUGUUGCAGACAUCAAAUGGAGAUGAUGGGGUUUAUCUGAUCUAAAAUUUUCAGGCCUUUUUGUGUUCUUUCUUCUUUUGUGGCACCAAAAUCACAUAUCAAUAUAAAGAAUAUAUUGUUGCGUUUGCUA